AUGACGACUCCAGCGCGGUCUCCCUUCACCAACAAAGAAUACACAGUUGGAUGGAUCUGCGCUCUAUCAGUCGAGCUAGCGGCGGCAAAGGGUAUGAUGGAUGAGGUACAUGGAGAGCCGCAGACUCCACCAGCUGAGGCGGACAACAACUCAUACAUCUUGGGAUCCAUGGGAAGGUUCAAGGUCGUCGCGGCUCGUCUACCUAUACGCCAACUCGGUUCCUCCUCGGCAACAGCAGUUGCCAAAGAGAUGCUCUUUACGUUUCCGAGAAUUCGCGUCGGGCUGCUUGUUGGUAUUGGCGCAGGGAUACCUGACUACGACAAUGAUGUUGAUAUCCGCCUGGGGGACGUCGUCAUAAGCAGCAGCCCCAAAACUGGAGGAGUUGUUGUCUAUGACUUUGGAAAAGCACUUGCAGACGGGUCCUUCGAGAGCCUUUGUGUAUUAAACAGCCCUCUAAGGUCCUUGGGCUCUGCUCUUGGAAAGCUCCAAACAGAUCACCUGAUGCAAGAGAACAAGAUAGCGUACUAUAUCGAGAAGAUGCUGGAGAGAUUUCCGCUUAUGCGCAGCAAGGGAUACUCUCAUCCUGGCCAUGCGGCUGAUCGCUUAUUUUAA